AACGAACAAUUAAACAAACACCCUCAACCUCAAUUUGACAAACGUUAGACUUCAAAGUUCCAACCCUCGGUUCCAUUUCAACAUCACACUCCCAUUUCACACGCAUCACUCCGUCACCACCACCAUUCUUUUUAUGUGAUUCCCCUUUCUUCACCCUCAUUCGCUCUUCAAACACUUAUCCCUUUCCAUCCACCAAUAGUCACACCCCUCACAACGCCACCGCCUCAUUACGGCGUCGUCUUUGCGCCAAACCCUUUUUCCACCCUUCCUGUCUUAAUCAAUCUACCCCCCUUAUCACCCAACACCCUUUUGUCUUCUCUUCCUCACAAUUUUCGCCAAAUUUCUCCUCUUUUUGUUUCCUGUGCCUGAUUUUUCCUCUCCUAAAAUAUUCUUCAGCUCCUUCUUCUUAACCCCCUUUUAACUUUUCCUUAUCAGUUUCUGCCAAACUUGUUCUAUCAGGAAAAAAAAGAAGGGGGAACUUUUGAUUGUUGAGAGCUGAAUAUAUUUUGGGUGUGCCUUUUUUAAUUCAUUAAUAUUUUUUUCCUUUUAAACUCUUGUUAUGGCUUUGCCACAGUCCUUUUAUGAUAUAUUGGAAAACCCUGCAAUUUGGGGUUUGUGUACAGCUAUAGGCAUGUUUUUUAGUCCCUUGUGGGUAGCAUUUUCCGUUGGUGUUAUCGUUGGAUGGUUGUGGAAACCGAAAUGGGCGAGUUUGGGGAAAGAAAAAUUGACUAAUUCUCUUGCCAAGUCCUUGGAUUUUGCUUCACCAUCCUCUUCUUUUUCGCCUUCAAAAUCUGUAGUGUCUUCCAUCAAGAGUUUUCCUUCCUCUCCUUGCCUUAAUUCUAUUAAAAUGCAACCUCCAAAUCCAGAAUCUUUGGCCCUGAAUAAAGGGAUGGAUAAAAAGGCUUCUACCUCCUCAUCACCCAUGAAAUUUGUUAGUUCCGGAAGCACACCGAAAUCCAGCGAAGAAAUUUCUGAUGCUGUUAGAAUAGACGAUUUACAUCAUCUAUGGCAGCUUGUGGAAGAGAAAGAUGGAGGUCUGCCUUGGAUACAGAUGAUGGACCGUUCCACCCCUACCAUGAGUUACAAAGCAUGGCGCAGAGAACCAAAGGAUGGUCCUCCUCAAUAUAGAAGCAGCACUAUUUUUGAGGAUGCUACCCCUGAGAUAGUGAGGGACUUGUUCUGGGAUGAUGAGUUUAGACCUAGGUGGGAUGACAUGCUUUCAAGCUCCUCAAUUAUUGAAGAGUGUCCCACUACUGGUGCCAUGAAAGUGCAGUGGAUACGGAAGUUCCCCUUUUUCUGUAAAGACAGAGAAUACAUAAUUGGUCGGAGAAUAUGGGAAUCUGGAAGAUCUUAUUAUUGUGUGACUAAGGGAGUAGAUUGUCCUUCAAUCCCAAGAAGAGAAAAACCUAGACGUGUUGACGUGUACUACUCCAGUUGGUGCAUUAGAGCAGUGGAAUCAAGUAGAGGUAAUGGCCAGUUAACAGCCUGUGAAGUUUUACUCUUCCAUCAUGAAGAAAUGGGUAUUCCAUGGGAAAUUGCAAAGCUUGGAGUACGGAAAGGAAUGUGGGGAACUGUUCAGAAGAUUGAGCCUGGUUUGAGAGCCUAUCAAGAAGCUAGAUCCUCAGGUGCUGCACUGUCUCAUUCAGCCUUUAUGGCCCAAGUUAACACAAAAAUAAGCCCUGAGUACUUGGAAUCCAUUGGAGCUUCUGAAAAUUCAUUGGAGAAUCAAAGUGUGGUUGCUUCUGACAAGCCACAAGGCGUGAACAUACCCAAGAUGCUUGUCAUUGGUGGUGCUAUUGCUCUUGCAUGUAGUCUUGAUAGGGGACUAGUGACCAAGUAUCUUAUAUUUGGUGUUGCUAGAAGAUUUGCUAAUAUAGGUAAAAGAUAGUUAAAAAAUAGAGGUGGAAGCAUUGUCUUGAAUGCCAUUCUUUUGGAGGAUCGACCUUAUCCAAUUCUACUCGAGUUAUUGUUACUUGAGAAUUUAGAGGUUCUUUAGUGGAGAAAUAAUCUAUAAUCUAAAAAUAAAAUCAAGGGUAAUUGACGAUUUUUUUAACCCUUUUUUUUCUUGGAGCAUGAGUAAUUGCUGGUCAAGACUGCAGAAUCUCAAUGUUAUGUAUGGUUGUAUAAAGUCAGUAGCUUAAAAAAUCAAUUUUAUUAGUUCUCUUGUAUAACUCUUUAUCAAUGUUGGUGCAAAGAGUUUACGAAUUCUGUAUACUCGCAGUAAUGGCAUUAGUCUAUUAAUUUUGACAUUGUUUCCUUUUUCAGAUUUUGUUUGCUGUGUUAGGAGCUAAUGAGUAUUAGGUUCCGU